UAAAUUCCAAGUCCUCAAAGAGUUAAAGUUAAUGAGAUAAUUAAGUGACUAAUUAAAUUAUGAUUGUGUAUUAGUGAUGAACACCUGCUGUUAACAAUCAACAUCCCUGAAGAAUAGAGAAACACAAAAACUACAUCUGUACAUAUGUUUAAAAUUAGCACAGUACAUUGUUUGCAUGCUGUAGUUUCAUAAAGUUGACUAUUCGGAAUCUGAACAUACAAAGAAAACUAAUGCAAUUUUGGUUGCAAUCAUACCUGCUCAUGACAGCUAUCUGAACAUUGAAUAACACUGACCUCUCUGCUUCACAACAUCACAUGCAUUGUUACCGAGAAAGAAAGAUCUAACACAAGAAGUCAAGGGUCAAGAGCCCAACUAAAGCAAACACUGAUCUCCAUGAUGGUGGUAUAAUUUCUGAUCUGAUCCUCUGUAAUUCUCAAUAACAACAGGUGUUCAUCACUUCUAUGAAAUUUUACCUUUUUUUAAGGUUUGAUACCAUAUGAAAGCAGGGUACCAAAAAUGACAGCGAUACCAAAUUCAAGGCCUUUCCAAUACUUUUUUUUUUUUUUUUUUUUUUGUCCAUAGCUUGAUUGUAACAAAAGUUAUGGCUUAUCUGAAGUUGGCUGAUAGCUAUGAUUUUCAGGAAAGGAAUUUUGAGAAAAACAGGUUUAAAGUGAGACAGGUUUCACUUUCACUUCACGCCUUCAACGAGAGAUGUCUGUCAGGAGUGCUAUACUGUAUCAUUACACAAACAAACGCUACCCUGAAGAGGACAGUUUCUUGUUGUUUAUCAUGGGCAUAUUCUCUGAACUUUUGACCAUCCCUUGUAUGUUUAGAUAGCAUGAAUAGUGUACCUAAGUUUACAUUUAGAAAAGCGAGCGCAGCGCAACUGUUAGAGCACCUGUGCAUAUAAGUUAAAAAAGAUAGACAAGUCCAGCACCAUGCUCUUUGGGAUGGCAGAAUAAAGUGACGUUGACUGCUUCUAGAGGGCACAUAAGUCUGAAGUAGUGAUUUUAGGUAAAGUAAUGUUGCACACUGUACGUGAACCAUAGUUUACUCAUAAAAACUUAAUUAUAUGUUGGGAUUAAAGGGGAUAUAUUGCUGGGAUAAAGUGCUGGAAUAAAGUUCUCAUACACCUUUGCCUCUCUCAUACUGAUCUUCAGUUUACAAAUGAAAAAUAUAUGAAAUCUGAAAAACAACUGCAUUUUUAUGCUUUAUAUAUUUUGCUUUAGAACACCACCAAUACGGUAAUAUUUGAUAAGAUCAGAAUUAAAUCUAGCAGUUUAUAUAACAGAGAGUGAAAACUGUAUGCACAAAAGACUGGGUCUACUAUUUCAAGAAAGUGCAACAUAACUACAAAUGCAACCUGCUUAGCAUCAUAGCAAGCACGAACAAGAAGCAGGAAGCAGGAAGCAGGAAGCUGUACCGCCAGUGGCCCAGUGGUUACCUUGUGUAAUAUUUACCCGUCUGAUAUCUGACAAAUAUAACAUCUAAUCCACUGCACCACCACUGGAAACAAAGUCUUUUUUCAACUUCUCCUCUGACUACGAGUUUCUUCAAACUGGUGGACAGGGGCAGUUCUAUGAUGGGUUGUCUCACCUGUAAAAGAUGCGUGGGUGUCAUUGUGUUUGUACUGAUUCUGAUAUUGAUAAUCAGUCUGAUACACUCUCUGAGACCCUCUGAUAACUGCUGUAAAAAAGCAGCAGUGGCAGCAGAUGCCGUGACUUGCUCUGAGAUCGGAAAGGACAUGUUGAAGCGUAACGGUUCAGCGAUUGAUGCUGCUAUCGCCACUCUGCUGUGUGUGAGUCUGUUUAAUGCUCACAGUGUGGGCAUUGGAGGAGGGGGAGUAUUCACCAUAUACAAUCCAUCCACAGGAAAGGUGGAGACAAUAAAUGCAAGAGAAACUGCUCCAAUGAGUGCUUCACAGGACAUGUUUGGCAAAGACCCAGAGAAUGCACCACCAGGAUUAUUUAUAGGUACACCAGGACUGCUGCGUGGUUAUGAGUUGGCACACAAAAGACACGGGAGACUGCAAUGGAAGGAGCUGUUUGAGCCCAGUAUAAAGCUGGCAUUAGAUGGAUUUCAGAUUGGUAGGGCCUUGGCCUUGGCCAUCAAUGAGUCUAGUGGCAAAAUUCAGAAUAAUGCCGCAUUGUGUGAAGUUUUUUGUGGCUCAUACAACAAGAGCAUCUUAAAGGAAAAGGACACAAUAAGAUUUCUCCAACUAGCUCAUACCUAUAAGAAGAUAGCAGAAGAAGGAUCAGAUGCAUUUUACGAUGGGUCACUGACUCAGGAUAUACUGGAUGAUAUCAAGGCUGCAGGAGGGAUAAUAACACAUGAGGAUCUAAAGGGUUAUAAGCCAUUGCUGAAUGAGCAUGCAUUAAACUUCACUGUGGGGAAAUACAUAUUUCAUGCUCCUGAUGCUCCAUUCGGUGGACCUGUGCUCGCUCUGAUACUCAACAUACUCAAAGAUUACAACAUCUCAAGCAGCAGUGUGUCCACAACAGAGUAUAAGACUUUGACCUAUCAUCGUAUGAUAGAGGCUUUCCGCUUCGCUGAUGCCCAGAAGAGUAAACUGGGAGACCCUGAUUAUGAAGACCUCACUGAGAUUAUAAAAAGAAUGACCUCAGUGAGCUUCGCAGACAACAUCAGGAGUAAGAUUAAAGAUGACCUCAAACAAAUCAGUUACUAUGAGCAGGAGGACAGUGAUGGUGUACCUGAUGACCAUGGCACAUCUCACCUGUCUGUCCUCGCAGAAGAUGGGAGUGCAGUGGCCGUCACCAGCAGUAUCAAUAACUAUUUUGGUUCUGGAGUGAUGUCAAGCUCAACAGGCAUUAUAUUUAAUGACCAAAUGAAUGAUUUUAUUGAUCCUGAGCUGAUAAGUGGUCCUGGCAAAAACAACCGAAUCAAACCAGGUAAAAGGCCACUUUCAUCAAUGUGUCCCACAAUCAUCUUGGACAAACACAGCAAACAAGUCAAAAUGGUGGUUGGAGGUGCAGGUGGGACAAAUAUCACCACAUCAGUUGCUCAGGUGAUCCUGAAUUAUCUGUUCUUUGACUAUGACCUGAAAAAAGCUGUUGGAGAACCCCGAGUUCAGAUCACGAAAAAUGAGACAAAUAUAGAAGAGGGCUUUAAUAAGAAUGUAAUUGACGGGUUGAAGCUGAAGAAUCAUACUAUAUAUCACAAUACUUCAUUAUCAGUGGUCCAGGCAAUUGUACGACAGGGGGACAAAAUCUGUGCUGAAUCUGACCACAGGAAUUACGGCUAUCCUGCCGGAUACUGAGCACUGCUCCUGUGCUCAUGCUGCUGUAGUCAAACGAGAUUAAUCCAGCAGAAGUAAAACCUCCUGUAUUGUUUGUUGGGGUGUUUUAUGGGUGCGAAUAAAACUUGAGCAGGUAACGUGCAAAAACGGUUCAUAAAUAACAUUGCUCCAGCCACGCUGCAUUAUGAUAUUACACAGUCAAGUCACCUUUAUUUAUGUAGUGCUUUAUACAAUACUGAUUGUGUCAAAGCAGCUUUACAGUGUCAAACAGGGAAAUAGUUUUUCAAUAAUGCAAGAGGACAAUAACAAACAGUAAAAAAGUUUUUUAGUUAAAGUCAGUUCAUCGUUGAUUCACUGAUGUAAUUAGCCAUUAUACUUGAUAAGUGUUGUUCUGUCAAUGUUUCAUAGGUGAAUAAAUGCAGAAAUUGAUGAACACAGUGCCACAUGUCCUUUUGUACACACCAUAGUAAAUAUGAAAAGUCAAAAAAAAAAAAAAAAAAAAUUGAAAGAGUUACACUACUAAAUCUAUCUUAUUUUAAAAUAAUAAUUUAAAGUUAAGUAAAUUUUAAAGUCAAAUAAAAGUUGGGUUUUAAAUUUGUGUAGUAUAUAUGGCUUGAGAUUUUGACCUUUGUGCCAGUUUUGUGUAUUUCUAUCACAGUUUUGGUUAAGUCACAGCCACUUUCUGCACAGCCACUUUCUGAACUUAAUACGGUUUAUUUUUGGUGUGGGUUUUGAUUCCUGCAAGUGACUUUUGUGACUAUUAAACUGCAUUUUGCAUGAUUGUAUGUGAUUUU